GACACUCUGAAUAAUAAUUCUCUGGGGAAAAAGCACAGUUGGCAGGAGCGGGUGUCCCGGUCAUCGUCCCCUCUGAAAACGGGUGAGCAGACCCCUCCCCACGACCACGUUUGCCUGAGUGAUGAGGUCAAUCACCAAAACAGCACAACCUCCACCAAAGACCGGGGCACAUCCACAGAGAGCCCGUGCCGGCGUACGGCGGCCACCCAGAUGGCACCCGCCUGCGUCACCUCGUCCCGGCCACCCGAGAAGCACCAGGCCACCAGCCGGCCCCCACCGCACGGUGCCAGCAUGGUGGUGGUGACGACAAGGGUCCCCGAGGCCCACCGGGACCGCAUUCGCUACCAGACGGAUGUGAGGCUGGAGGCCACGGAGGAGAUCUACCUGACACCUGUGCAGAAGAACUCAGACACUCUGGAGACUGACAAGCCGUUCCUGUCACAGUCCAGCGAGAACCGCAUGUCUAUCAGCUCUGACAUUGACCCCUCCGGCUAUUCAGCCCUGGUGGGGAAAACCAACCCCUCCAUCAGCGAGGAGGAUGAGGGCCUCCUGCGGAGUGGUGGUGGCUCCCGGCCAGGGCACAACCUUCAGAGAGCCUCAGUGAGCUCAGACACCAGCGCCCUGUCCUAUGACUCGGUCAAGUACACACUGGUGGUGGACGAGAACGUGCAGCUGGAGCUGGUCAGCCUCAAGCAGUGCUACUCGGGCUACAGCGACGAGAGCGACUCGGCCACCGUCUAUGACAACUGCGUCUCCUCGCCCUACGAGUCGGCCAUCGGCGAAGAGUACGAGGAGGACGCGCUGAAGCGAGACUCGGUUUGCCUUUCCGAGGAUUCCACCCCAGAGGCGGACAUCCACUUCUCCAAGAAGUUCCUCAACGUCUUCAUGAGCGGCCGGGCACGCUCCUCCAGUGCCGAGUCCUUCGGGUUGUUCUCCUGUGUGAUCAACGGGGAGGAGCAGGAGCAGACCCACCGUGCCGUGUUCAGGUUUGUGCCUCGCCACGUGGAUGAGCUGGAGCUGGAGGUGGACGAUCCUUUGCUGGUGGAGGUGCAGGCGGAAGAUUAUUGGUAUGAAGCCUACAACAUGCGGACGGGCGACCGGGGCAUUUUUCCUGCCUACUAUGCUAUCGAAGUCACCAAGGACCCCGACCAUGUAACAGCUCUGGCCAAGAGCAGCGACUGGGUGGACCAGUUCCGGGUGAAGUUCCUCGGCUCGGUGCAGGUUCCCUAUCACAAGGGCAAUGACGUGCUGUGUGCGGCCAUGCAGAAGAUUGCCACCACACGCCGCCUCACUGUGCACUUUAACCCACCCUCCAGCUGCGUCCUGGAGAUCAGCGUGCGCGGGGUCAAGAUUGCCGUGAAAGCCGACGACUCCAAGGAGCACAGCAAGGUAAACAAGUGUAGCCAUUUUUUCCAGCUGAAGAACAUUUCCUUUUGUGGAUACCAUCCAAAGAACAACAAAUAUUUUGGGUUCAUCACCAAGCACCCUGCUGACCACAGAUUUGCCUGUCAUGUCUUCGUCUCGGAGGAGUCCACAAAGCCACUGGCGGAGUCUGUCGGGAGGGCUUUCCAGCAAUUCUACAAGGAGUAUGUGGAGUACACGUGCCCCACGGAGGACAUCUACCUGGAGUAGGGGCUGGCCCAGGCCCCUCCUUCACAGCCAGGGCUGCGGUCUCACCCCUUCCCCGGGUCGUGCAUGGACAAGAGCU